UCACUUCUUGAUUAUCAAUCUCUUUCUGCAUUUCAUCUUUAUUCCAAAGUAAAAGAAACGAAAUGGAAACCACCGGAAAAGCAAAGAAGGGUGCCGGAGGAAGGAAGGGAGGUGAUUCAAGGAAGAAAUCAGUGACAAAGUCCAUAAAGGCCGGUCUUCAGUUCCCAGUCGGUCGUGUUGGUCGUUACUUGAAGAAGGGAAGAUAUGCUCAAAGAGUUGGGUCUGGAGCUCCAGUCUAUUUGGCAGCUGUUCUUGAGUAUUUGGCGGCUGAGGUUCUUGAGUUGGCUGGUAAUGCUGCGAGGGAUAACAAGAAGAAUAGGAUUAUUCCAAGGCAUCUUUUGCUUGCAGUGAGGAAUGAUGUUGAAUUGGGGAGGUUGUUAUCUGGUGUUACUAUUGCUCAUGGUGGAGUUCUUCCCAAUAUUAACCCGGUUCUUUUGCCAAAGAAGAAUGAGAAAGUGGCCAGUGAAGGGAAAUCUCCAUCUAAGGCAACCAAAUCACCGAAGAAAUCAGCUUAGAUUCGUGUUUAAUGGUUUAUGUUCUUACUUUACUUAUUAGGGAUUCUGUAGUAAGUUGAAGUAAUUGGCUUUUGUUUAAAGUAUAUUUGAUGAAAAUUAGGGCAGUCGUCAAUCUAUUGUAAUUCCUAAUUACUUAAUAUCAAAAGGUGUUUUUGAUUUUA